AAUGUCUUCUUCAACAUUUAUCACCCCCGAUCGUCAUGGUUACAAUGUAAAAUACUCUCCAUUCGACAGCAAUCAUCUUCUGCUAGCCUCUAGCCAGCUAUAUGGACUUGCAGGUGGUGGAACUUUAUACCUCUUAGAGCUACGAUCCGAUUCGGAAAUCGAUGAGAUUUGUAAAUUUGAAUGGUCAGAUGGUUUGUUCGAUGUUGCCUGGUGUCCAUAUGCGGAUAAUGUGGCAGCAACAGCAUCCGGUGAUGGAAGUUUACAAAUCUGGGAUCUAGAAGCAAGAGAAAAGUCUACAAAACCUAUGGCAGUUAUGCAAGAGCAUAAGAACGAAGUCUACAGCAUUGAUUGGGGUGAACAAUGGAAUAAUCAUCACAUUUUGAGUGCCAGUUGGGAUGGAUCGAUGAAAUUGUGGGAUUCCAAUCGAUUGAAUUCGGUGGCUACAUUUGUGGGUCAUUCUGAUUUGAUUUAUUGUGCUAAAUUUUCUCCACUUUUAGCGAAUAUCUUUUCUAGUGUAAGUACUGAUGGACAUUUGAAUUUAUGGAAUUCUUUAGAUUUUUCAGGUAAACCGUUGAUUAGUGUCCCAGCCCAUGCGGGCGAGGUGCUAACUUGUGAUUGGAGCAAGUUUGAUAGGAAUGUUCUGGUGACUGGAGGAUCAGAUGGCGUUGUAAGGGGCUGGGAUUUAAGGAACUUGAGGCAGCAUACAUUUGAGUUGUAUAGUGGCGAGUAUGCAGUGAGGCGAUUGGCAUUUUCACCGUGUUCGCCGACACUUUUAGCUGCGGCGAAUUAUGAUUUUACAACAAGGAUUUGGGACUUAAGUAUGAAGUAUGAUGCUAUUGAGACGAUAGCAAAGCAUUCAGAAUUUGUCUACGGUAUUGAUUGGAAUGUCAAUAAUCCUAAUCAAAUUGCCGAUUGUGGAUGGGAUUCAGUUUUGAAUGUUUACACACCAGAGUCGCUCAAGGAUAAGUUAAAUUAA